AUGACUCUCACACGGGCAGAGAUCAAGCAGCACAAUACCCGGCAGUCCUGCUGGGUGGCCAUCCACGGAGCGGUCUAUGAUGUGACUGAGUUUUUGGAUGCCCAUCCCGGAGGUGCCACUGUCAUCUUGCGCUGCGCUGGCAAGGAUGCCACCGAUGACUUUGACUCGGUGCAUUCCCUCGACGUGCUCUCAGAAGCUUUGCCUGCGAUAUCCCUGAAAGGCCAGAUUGAUCCGUCCGAAUGGGCUGUCAAUGACACAUCCCCAACACAAACUCAGAAGGACACAGAGUCCGAGCCCAAAGGCCCUCCACCACUAGCCACUCUGAUCAAUCUGCACGAUUUUGAACAAGUAGCCAAAAAAUACCUGCCCGCAAACGCUUGGGCAUACUAUUCCUCCGGCGCAGAUGACGAGAUAAGCAAGAGGAAUAAUGCCCGCGCUUACCAGAAAGUGGCCUUGCGGCCUCGCAUUUUGAAGAGCAUACCAAGCGUGGAUACGACAACUUUCAUCCUAGGUUACCCCGUGUCUCUUCCCGUGUACAUGUCCCCCGUAGGGCUGGCCAAGUUUGCGCAUCCCGAUGGGGAAUGUGCAUUGGCGCGAGCGGCAGGCAAAGAGGGGCUGGUCCAGGUGCUCGCGAAUAGCUCCAGCAUGCCCGUGGAACAGGUCCGAGAUGCUCGCACUCUAGACGACCAACCGCUCUUCUUUCAACUGUAUGUAAAUCGCGAUAUCUCUAAAUCCGUGGAUUUGGUGAAGCGCGCCCUAAAGGCUGGCGUCCGCGCAAUCUGGAUCACCGUAGACUCGCCUGUUGUCGGCAAAAGAGAGAUGGAUGAGCGGCUGAAUUUGGCAGUAGUGUGUGUUGAAGACGCGGUCCUUGCUUACCAGCAUGGCGUACAGGGUAUUGUGCUUUCGAAUCACGGUGGCCGUUCUCAAGACACGGCCCAGUCACCACUUCUGACGCUACUAGAGAUCCGCAAAUUUGCUCCCAUGUUACUGGAUGGCAAUAUGCAGAUCUUUAUUGAUGGAGGCAUUCGUCGGGGAACAGAUGUUCUGAAGGCCAUCGCUCUGGGGGCCACAGCCGUUGGGCUGGGUCGACCUUUUCUAUUCAGCAUGUCCGGCGGGUAUGGGGAGGCUGGUGUACGUCGGAUGUUGGCUAUUUUGCGCCAAGAGAUCGAGACUAAUAUGGUUUUCUUGGGUGCGAAGAGUCUCAACGAGCUGCAGCCAGAGAUGGUUAAUGCGAGUCGGCUAGAGAGAGACCUCAUUGGGAGUGUGAAACUGUAA